AUGUCAGGUACUCUCAACAUCUUGCGGCAAGCCUUCUUCGCCGGGUCCCCAAGGUUCAUGCCAAAGGAUCUCCCCGAUCUCAAGGGCAAGGUCAUUGUCGUCACUGGCGCCAACACGGGAAUUGGCAGAGAGAUCACCCAGAUUCUUUACUCCAAGAAUGCGCGUGUUUACAUGAUGGCGCGUUCUGAAAGCAAGAGCAAGGAAGCAUGUGAUGCCAUUCAAGCUGCUGUCCCCAGGUCUGGAGGAGAAUUGAUCUGCCUCCCACUUGACCUUGCCGAUCUCCCAAGCAUCAACGCUUCUGCAGCUGAAAUCCUACGCCGAGAAAGCAAACUCCAUGUCCUCUUCAACAAUGCCGGUGUUGGUUUCACUGAACAUGGUUCCAAGACCAAGCAGGGCUACGAGCUUCAGCUUGGCGUCAACUGUCUUGGGACCUUGGCCUUCACGCAGCAACUGACCCCCACGCUAAUCUCCACAGCGAGAGACUCGCCCCCUGGGACGGUUCGCGUGGUCUGGGCCUCGUCCACGGCUGCUAUCGCCACUACCACCAAGCGCUACAUGGAGAGAGUCAAGGACAUCACCAAAGAAACUUCGGCAGAGCAGUACUACAUCAGCAAGCUUGGCGACUACUUCUAUGCUACCGAAUAUGCCUCCCGACACAAGGAACACGGCAUCAUCUCAACCCCUCUCAACCCCGGAAAUCUGGACUCGGAAUUUUGGCGCACCAUGGGCCCUACUUUUCACUGGUUCCUCCGAAAGACGGUGUUGUAUCCCACGAUCUACGGUGCAUACACCAACAUCUUUGCUGGCUUCUCCCCUGAAGUGACGUUGGAAAAGUCAGGUACAUUUGUGGCUCCGUGGGGAAGGUUGUGGCAUGCUACCAAGGACAUGGUCGCUGGGUCCAAGACCCGGGCAGAGGGAGGCACUGGCAUCGCCAAAGAAUUCUGGGAGUGGAGCGAGGCGCAGGUUAAGCUACACACUAAGUAG